AAACAUAUUUGAGACAGACUGUAAGCAGCACAAACCAGCACAAACCAUUUGAAGAGAGAGAAAAACAUAAAGUUUGCCUAAACAAAAUCCAAUCCCCAAAAAAUAGAGAGAACAGAAUAACUAAAAGCGGAAUUCCUAUUCCUAUUCCUAAUUAUAUUCAUGGUUUCUUCUCUCGCAGUUGUAGCAUAUUCUGUUUUCAAAGAUGCAGCUGGGGUUGCUGGGAACAUCUUUGCUUUUGGGCUAUUUGUGUCACCAAUACCGACAUUCAGGAGGAUAGUGAGAAAUGGGUCAACUGAAGAGUUCUCAGGAUUGCCAUAUAUAUACACCCUCCUGAACUGUUUGAUAUGUGCCUGGUAUGGGUCACCCUUUGUAUCAAUUGAUAAUAUAUUGAUCACAACAGUCAAUUCAAUAGGUGCUAUCUUCCAGUUGGUCUACAUAACCUUCUUCAUAAUAUAUGCCGAGCGAGUUAGAAAGAUGAAAAUGCUAGGUUUUCUAUCGGCGGUGUUUGUUUCGUUUGCCAUUUUAAUCAUAUUGAGUUUAAGAGUGUUCGACUUUGCUUCAAGACAGAUUUUCGUUGGGUUCUUGAGUUGCGCUUCUCUCAUUUCGAUGUUUGCUUCACCACUCUUCAUAAUUAGACUGGUUAUACAGACAAGAAGUGUCGAAUACAUGCCUUUCUACCUUUCACUGUCUUCUUUCUUGAUGAGCAUGUCUUUCUUAGCGUAUGGGAUGCUUAACUGGGAUGCAUUUAUCUAUGUUCCAAAUGGGAUCGGAGCCAUCCUCGCAAUCACACAAUUGGGAUUGUAUGUUUACUAUAGUAAAAAAUCAAGUGAACGUCAAGAACCUUUGAUUGUUUCGUAUUCAUGAUAUUCUUUGGUGAAAUUCACAAGGAUAACUGGUAAAAAAUGGUGUUUUUUUGAGCAACAGUGAUAUUCUUCAUUCUUCUGCAUCGGAAGAACCCAUACGAAAGUUUCCUUGUCCAUGGAUCUUUGUUCUUAAGCUAUUGCUUCAGGUCACAUUGGCAUUGGAAUUUACCCGUAACAAAUAUGAAUAGUAUCAUUUUGCUUUGAUCAAAUAUUUCCUUCUUCCUAUUUGAGGAAUGGACAAUAUUAUUUUCUUUGUAUUUGGAAGGGAUUUUCUGCAAAGUUUGUAAUAUUUUUUGGGAUAGAAAUAUGAAUUAUUCAUUGCACAAGGAUGCCAGACUGAAAAUCAACCGGCCUUGAACUUGUAUUUGUUAGUUUGACAAGUUUAUUACCAA